AUGGGGAAAUUGAAUUUCUUCUUGGGUCUACAAGUCAAGCAAACUCCUAGGGGCACAAUGAUAAGUCAACAAAAGUACAUCAAAGAGCUUCUGAAAAGAUUUGAGAUGGAGAGUUCAAAGAUCAUUGAUACACCUAUUGCCACUGCCACUCACCUGGAUAUGGAUGAACCUGGUUCUCCUGUAAAUGAGACUAUGUAUAGCGGCAUUAUUGGGUCACUUCUAUAUCUCACAGUAAGUAGACCAGACAUUGUUUUCAAUGUGGGAUUCUAUGCCAGGGUUCAAUACAAUCCAAAUGAGUCUCAUCUGAAGGCUGCAAAGAGAAUUCUGAGUUAUCUGGUGGAUAGGAAAAGCACUUCUGGUAUGGCACAUUUUCUGGGUUCGUGUCUAAUCUCAUGGGGUACAAGAAAACAAAACUCAGUGGCCCUUUCAACUACUGAAGCUGAGUAUAUGGCAGCUGCCUCUUGCUGUGCUCAACUGUUGUGGAUCAAGCAGCAGCUAGAAGAUUUCGGUGUAUUUUCUGAUUGUGUGCCCUUACUAUGUGACAACACUAGUGCUCUCAACAUGGCAAAAAUCCAGUUCAACAUAAGAAAAUAA